AUGCGCUCGUUAUGCUUUCUGCUGGUGCUGCUGGCCGGGUUCUUCCAGCUCGUCUCUGCUCAAGGCUCCAACACUAUUACCGUUCCUCCAGAUGGCUUUAACGUCACUGCUGGUCAGCCAACCACCAUCUCAUGGACGAAUCCAUCCACGGUUACCAUACAGCUCGUUCCGGCAUCGGGCAGUGGAGAGAUUAUAACACUUGUGUCAAUGCUCACAAAUACGGGCAGCGCAACCUUUGAAAUCCCCUCCGACAUCCCUACCACGCAACAGUACCAAUUCAAGAUGCUAGACGACUCCAAUUCAAGCAACGUCCACUUCUCACCUUCAUUCAACAUCGCGCCUCCACUUCCGGGAUCAUCCUCCAGAAGCACGGCAGCUGCCUCAACCGCAGCAUCAACGGCCACUCCAACCUCCCGAAACUCCUCCGCAUCACCUAGCAACAAUUCCUUAUCCACUGGUGUCAUAGUCGGCAUAGCUGUAGGCCUCGCGCUCGGGAUCCUCUUGCUGGUCGGCAUUGCGAUCUUCUUCAUCCGCCGCAGGCGCAAGCACAAAACUUGGAUGCAAGGACAGCAGCAGCAGCAGCAGCAGCAGCCGCCUGCGACGAGCGAGCACGCUCCAGCAUAUGACAUGAACAAUCAAUACGACCCGAUGCACCCGCAGCCGCCCCCGAUGGAGGUGGCGGGAAGUAGGAGCUGGCCGCGGGAGAUGGAGGCCAUGUCGAGGUUCCAGCAGAGAGAGGUUGUGGAAUUACCUGUACCGGCCACGGGUGCCGAUCUUACAACUGGUAAAUAUGGGAUACAUACCAGCCGGGACAUACAUGAAAUGCCUUCAAACAGUAUAUGA